GCCAUGAUGGUUCACAAACAAACAACGAGUUACCGUAUACUUAUUGCGCUUUUGUAUUGAUAUAUUUGUUUAUAUAAUUUUGAAAACAUUUAAAACCAUGGUUUUUUGUUGUGUGUUUAAUUGCACUAAUCGUUCUGAAAAUUGUACAAAGUCAUUUUUUCGCAUUCCAACCAUACUUUUACACCACGACGAGGAAACUAAGCAACUCUCAACAGAAAGGAAAAAUAAAUGGUUUUGUGCAAUAAAACGUGAAGACAUGAAUUUCGAUGCAACUCACUAUAGAGUUUGUUCUGAUCAUUUCAUUACAGGGAAACCUGCUAAAUUAUUCGAGAAAUCUCACCCAGAUUGGAUACCAAAUCAAUUCAUGGGUUAUGAAAAAAAACUGACAGACAUUUCCAGACACAAACGUGCUAUUGACCGUCAACUUGUGAGAGGUGUUACAGAUAUCAUUCAGAAAAAAGAAGAGUUACAAGUUGUUGCAGCACCAUCUUCCGUCGAUUUUAAAGAUUCAAUUUUAUAUUCCAUAAAUGUGAUUUAAAA